UGGCUAUGAGUAAAGAGGAAGAGGCGGAGCUGAAAGUUUCUGCUUUAGACCUUUUUACCUCAUAGACUGUCCCAUCUCCUCUCUUUCAGCAUCAUGACGUUUGCCGGGAAGUAUGAGCUUGAGAGUCAAUCAAACUAUGAGGAAUUUCUGGAAGCCAUCGGCUUUCACGUUGCCAAGACCGACCAUAAAGUGGUGACAGAGGUGGUUCAGGAUGGGAAUGACUUCACCUGGACACAAAGUAUUCCUAACUGGACGUGGACCAACAAGUUCACCGUGGGUCAGGAAUGUGAACUUUCAACAAUGAAAAACAUCAAAUUUAAGGCCCCGGUAUCUUUGGAAAAUGGCAAACUUUCAGUCCCGUUUCCUAAGUACCUUUUCACAGCCGAGAUCAUUGACGACAAACUCGUGAUAACAUGUGUAACAACCGGGGAGAAGGGUGUGACCUUCCGAAGGGUGAACAAGAGAAUCUGACGCUGCGAGAUUCAACACGCCUCAGAGGAAAACGGCGUUAAAACCUUCUGUUGAAAAAGAAGUCAAAAGCACACAGACACCAAAAGACUGAAGGGACUUUCUGGCCUUGUUUGAGUUAAAACUUUGUACUGUAGUGAUGAAUUCAUGUGUUCAGUUUAAAUAAAACAACUGUAUUACCAGCCA